CACCUAGACCAUUGAGCUAGACCCCAGUAAUGCAUCUGACAGUUUCGAAUCGUCAGGUGACAAGAGACAUUUAGGGUCUAUUUCCUGGCCUGCGGUAUUUCUCUGUAAUUGUCCUUUCAUUUGUUCUAUUGUUAUUCACGUACCUCGUGUGUGUGAGAGUGUGUAGCUGAAAAGAUAUGGGCAGGAGCGGUAAGCCAUGGUAAUCAUCAAUUCAGUUCUCAAACUCCUGCAGCGACAGACUUAUACGUGUCUGUCCCAUCGCUAUGGACUCUACCUCUGUUUCGGAGGAAUAGUUCUUAUGAUUGUAUCCGCCUUUCAGUUCGGAGAGGUGGUUGUGGAAUGGAGCAGAGACCAGUACCAUGUACUCUUUGACUCGUAUAGGGACAAUGUGGCAGGGAGAUCUUUCCAAACCAGGCUGUGUCUACCCAUGCCCAUCGACGUGGUGUACACCUGGGUGAACGGCACCGACGCCGACCUGAUGAGGAACCUGAAGGGCGUCAGGGAGCGACUGGAGGAGGAGCAGAAGGCACUAAGAGAACGUCUGGGGAAGAAUGCCAGCGAGCCCACGGAAGUGCCAAAGGAAGGAGAGCGUCUGGAGUGUCUGCUGUCCCACUGCAUCCUGGCGCCCAUCCUGGUGCUGGACCCGGCGUUGGCGCCCAACGUGACGCUGAAGGAGCUGCCCGCGCUCUCGCCCGCGCUCGCCUCGGCCAAGCAGCUCAUACCCGUCGCCAAGCCCCUUCACCCCGCCACCAGCGUCUCUGUGCUGGUCUUCCACUCUCAGAGCGACGUGGAGAAGGCAUACGCUGAUGUGCCAAAGGAGCUCCCCAAACAUUCUGUCUCCAGGGGAUACCUGACGACGGAUAAGGAGGCUCCUGGCCUGGUGCGUAUGCAGACGCUGGCCUACAUGAGUGGCUUCCCCGGCUCCUUUAAAGAGACGGAGCAACUCCGGGUCAAGCUGCCCUCCGUCGUCACCACCAAGAUGAAACAGCUGCAGCUCUACUCUGAGGCCAGUAUCGCCCUGUUGCAUCUGAACAGCGCUCAGGACUUCAGCGAUUUGACCCAGCAGGCCAAGAAGAACCUGACUCUGGAUGGGAAAGAGCUGACCAUCAGCCCGGCCUACCUCUUCUGGGACCUCAGCGCUAUCACACAGUCCAAGCAGGACGAGGACGUUUCGGCGAGCCGCUUCGAGGAUAACGAAGAGCUCCGCUAUUCGCUGCGCUCCGUGGAGAGACACGCCCCCUGGGUGCGGCACAUCUUUGUCGUGACCAAUGGGCAGAUCCCGUCCUGGAUCAACCUGGACAACCCCCGCAUCUCCGUGGUUACACAUCAGGACAUCUUCCAGAACCAGAGCCACCUCCCCACCUUCAGCUCUCCCUCCAUCGAGACGCACCUCCACCGCAUCCCCGGCCUCUCGCAGAAGUUCAUCUACCUCAACGACGACGUCAUGUUCGGGAAGGACGUCUGGCCCGACGACUUCUACAGCCACUCCAAGGGACAGAAGGUGUAUCUGACGUGGCCAGUUCCUAACUGUGCUGAGGGCUGCCCCGGCUCCUGGAUCAAAGAUGGCUACUGUGACAAGGCCUGCAACAACUCCGCAUGCGACUGGGACGGCGGGGACUGUCUGGGUGCGGGCAGCAGCAGCCGGUUCGGGGCGGGUGUGGCGGUGGGGCCGGGUGGCGCGGGCGCUGGGCAGCCCUGGCAGUUCCCCGGCGGCGGCGGGCUGGGGGGCAUCGGCGGGGUCACCUUCUGCAACCAGGGCUGCGCCAACUCCUGGCUGGCCGACAAGUUCUGCGACCAGGCCUGCAACGUGCUCGCCUGCGGCUUCGACGUCGGGGACUGCGGAGAGGAUCACUUUGAUGAGCUGUAUCGUGUGAACCUCAUGAGGAACCAGACACACUACUCUCUGCCCCAGGGGGAGAUCCGACCCUACUUUAGCUUCUCUGGACUGGCUCACCGCGUGUCUGAGGCCCAGGUGGGCGAUAACGUGGCGGUCCGUCACACCAGCGUGGCCAACAAGUGGAAGACGCUCCACCUGCUGCUGUACCCCGGCCACAACGCCACGCAGGUGCACUACAACCUCACCUUCCAGACCUCCGACGACCGCCACUUCGCCAUGGCCUUCUCCGUCGCCGUGGAUACGCGGGAGAUCCCCCGCGUCAACACCUCCGAAAGUGCGCACGGCGGCGGCAGCAGCGACGAGAAGGCCAAGGAGGCCAAGCCCGCCGCCCCAACGCCCGAGCCCGACCUGCACUUUCCCGACGUCCCGGAAGACAAACGGGGUCCUAAAAUCAGGAAGAAGCCGGUGAGCCAGUCCGAGGUGGCCGUGGAGGUGCCUGCGCUGAAUAUCUCCCUCUUGCCAGUGGAGGUCCGCUACGAGCUUCACCUCCUGCAAGAGAAGCUGGACACUGGGGACAUCACUAUGAAGGGUUAUAACCUCACCAAGUCCACCCUCCUGGCGUCCUUCAAGGACCAGCCUCGCUACGCUCUCCGUGGCAACGAGGACAUCCCAGCAGCCGCGCAGGCCGACGGGAAGCCGCAGAACAAACCUUACAAGGACAUGGAGCCGGAGGAGAGAGAGGGCGGAGGAGAGGUGGAGGAGAGAGAGGGCGGAGGAGAGGUGGAGAGGAAGGAUGAGCAGAAUCAGGAGGGGGAGGAGGAGGAGGAGGAGAAGAAAGAUAGGGUGAAGAGAAACGAAGGAGUGGCAAAGGAGGGAACAGAGGAAGAGGAGGAAGGGAAGAGGAAGAGGACAGGAGGAGAGGGGGAGAAGGGGAAAGAGAAAGAGAAAGAGAAGAAACCUCCAGUGACCCUUGUUCCUAUUCCGAUCGACGACAAGCCUCAAGAGCGUUUAGUGGAAGGUGAUCAGUUGCCCACUGAGAAACCGCUGACAUCUAAACUGCUCAGCACACUGAUGGGUUCCAUCGCUAAGGGGAAGAUCCCGGAGGGUCAAGCCCAGCCUGGGGCUCCUCCGCUGGGGAGAGAGGCUGCGGGAGACCAGGGUCCCCCCAUCGGCAGGAAGCUACAGCACUUUGUCAACUCCGACCGAGGCUUCCUGCCGUGGGAGAGGAGGAAGUACUUUCAGGACCUGCUGGAGGAAGGGGAACGCCUGGAGGCGGAGCUGCAGUACGCUACAGACAGCGAUGCCAUUGGCCGGAAGCUGCAGGACACCUUCGCUGACUCGCUGCGCUACGUCAACAAGCUCCUGAAUGGACAGUUUGGCUUCACGUCUCGCAAAGUUCCCGCCCACAUGCCCCACAUGAUCGACCGCCUCAUCAUGCAGGAACUCCAGGAUGUCUUCCCUAAGGAGUUCGAUAAGACAUCGUCUCACCGCGUGCGCCACUCGGAGGACAUGCAGUUCGCCUUUUCCUACUUCUACUUCCUCAUGAGCGCCCUGCAGCACCUCAACGUCUCGCAGGUGUUCGACGAGAUCGACACCGACAACUCCGGCGUGCUGUCCGACCGCGAGAUCCGCACGCUGGCCACGCGCAUCCACGAGCUGCCGCUCAGCCUGCAGGACCUGACGGGGCUGGAGCAGAUGCUGAUUAACUGCUCUAAGACCCUCCCCACCAACCUGACGGGCCUCCACCUGAUCAGCCCCACCCAGGAGGCAUACUACGACCCCAGCAUGCCUCCAGUCACUAAGGGCCUGGUGGUUAACUGCAAGCCUAUCACUGAGCGCAUCCACAAGGCCUUCAGGGACCAGAACAAGUACAAGUUCGAGAUCAUGGGCGAGGAGGAGAUUGCCUUUAAGAUGGUGCGCACUAACGUGUCUCACGUGGUGGGACAGCUGGACGAUAUCAGGAAGAACCCAAGGAAGUUCAUCUGUCUAAAUGACAACAUUGACCACAGCCAUAAGGACGCGGGGACUGUGAAGGCCGUCUUGAGGGACUUCUACGAGUCCAUGUUCCCGCUGGCCUCCCAGUUUGAGCUGCCCAGAGAGUACCGCAACCGCUUCCUCCACAUGCGGGAGCUGCAGGAAUGGCGUGUGUACAGGGACAAACUGAAGUUCUGGACCCACUGUGUGUUGGUGACACUGGUGGUCUUCACCGUCAUGUCCUUCUUCGCUGAACAGCUGAUCCUCCUGAAGCGGCGCCUCUUCCCCAGACGGCGGGUCAGCAAGGAAACCACCUCGGAGCGCGUGUGAGCGGAGAUGACGGUGACGGAGGAGAAAAGAACCACUUCUCCUUUUUCAUCUCUCUUUCCCCUCAUCCUUCCCUUCCUCCCUCCCUCUCUGACUCACUCCUUCUCUCUCUCUCUCUCUCUCUCUCUCUCUCUCUCUCUCUCUCUGUAAAGAGGAUCAUGGGGAGGUCAAGGGUCACGUUUUUGAAUGGAAUGAGGAGUGGACUUCAAAGGGCUUCUCCUCCAAGCCCUGAAGCGUAAAAGACACACCAGGUAACCUGCGCAGGUGUAAUGGCAAGAAGCGUGAUCUACCCAGACGGCUGGGAUACCGCACGAAAAAAAAAGGGGAAGAGGGAAAACCUAUGAAUAUGAAUGAAUCAGCAGCUGGAGAACAAGCUUGACAUCAGAAGUGGUAACCAGGACUUUACUGAGACACUAUGAAUCCAGUCCACUAGGGUGCACUAAUGAGACGCCAGUGAGCAAUACACACUCCCCCCACCCCUAGUCUGUUGGUCUGCUGUGUCGUUGUGAUCAAGAUGCUGACGUCCAGUCCACCACACACACACUCAAGAGAUCAGCACUGGACACUGAGAUGGUAUUUCUUGUGAGUUGUUUUGUUUCAUAUCAGUAAGAUGAUUACAACUGAACCCUGAUUUUGUGAAUGAGAAUCUGGGUCUCUGUGUCGUUUUGUAAGACUUGAUUAUAUCACAUUAGAAUGAUUAUUUUAAAUACUAAAGGACAGAGAGUGUGUGAACAUCUUGGUGGCUCACUGUAGAUUUUUUUUUUAAUUAUUAUUAUUGUGUGUUUGUUUGUGUGUUUUGUUUUCUUUCGGACAUGAGUUUGUUUUGGCUGUUUUUUCAACCUAUCGUUUUCUUCUCAACAUUCCAGAAGAAGUGCCUUUUUGUAGACACAGACUUUUAGGCCCAUGCACUUCCUCUUCCUCUCGAGUUGUGCUAAUAUGCCUGAUUUGCCUGUUAUAUGGUCCCCGCUUUGUUGAACAGGUACUGAGAGAUUGACUUAAAAGCUGGUCUUGAGGUCGCCAGAUCUGCCUCAAAUUCAUACUUUGUAAGCAUCUGGGUUUUGAAAAAGAAAAGCACAUCAUUGGAAUGUCCGUGACAGAAAGGACAUGAUUUCAUUUCAUUUUUUUUUUUUUUUUUAAAUCCCUCUUACCUGCAUUAUGAUCCCUUCCUGGUUGCAAUGAUGUCAUAAAAGGCUACCAUAGUGACAGGGGUCACAUGGGAGCUGAAUUAUAUUUUCUGUGUCUGUUUACGUUCACAACAAAUCAAUACACUGUACAUAGAUACAGUCCAACAUGUUUAGAUCAUAUCUAUGUCUGAUGCUUUGGAAAUGUGAGAUUUGUCAUAGGACAGAGUUUGUUUGAGCUUAUCAAAAACCUGCAUGUUUUGCAAGAGUGAAGCCUACCAAGAGGCUGUUGUGUGUGUGUGUGUGUGUGUGUGUGUGUGUGUGUGUGUGUGUGUGUGUGUGUGUGUGUGUGUGUGUGUGUGUGUGUGUGUGUGUGUGUGUGUGUGUGUGUGUGUGUGUGUGUGUGUGUGUGUGUGUGUGUGUGUGAGAGACAGAGAGAGCUAUUCUCUCAGGGAACUUAAUGAUAACACAUUGCUUGUAUCUGAAAUUCAGAUUUCUACAGCUUGGGACUCAUCAGUGACUAAUGAUUUGUUCUGUGGAAUAAGUUUAUAAUAAUGUAAGGUGAUGGAUGUCAGGCUUUCUGUGUUAAGUUCGUGCCAUAAAAACCCACAGUACUGAAGAGUGUAUUUAAAUGUAUGGAUUGACCGCACAAAUAUCCUUGAACUGACAACUGUCCACAUAAAUAAUAGCAUGGUCAAUGAUGCCCUGUUUGCCAAUCAGUUUUAACCAAUGAGAUGAACACCUGAAAUUCCCUGGAAUUAAACAAGUAAAAUGGUGUAUGCUGCUUUGUCAGAA